AUGGCGGAGUACAAGCUGGAAACUGCGACGUACACCAUCAAAACCAGUGCGUCGCUGGGGACGCUUCUGCUGGUGAAGUUAAAGAAAGGCCCGCGUUUGUUCCUCCCCGAAGACGAGUGGUUCUGCUCCAAAAUAGUGGUGACCACACCGGAAGGAGAAAAAUUGUUUUUCCCGUGCUACCAAUGGCUUUGCAGUCACGAGGAAAUGGAGCUGAGAGGGGGGAAAGCCACGAAGGCCUUUGAAGACGAGCACCCGUUGUUGAUUGAGCACCGCAAAAAUGAGCUGGCAUCUCAAAAGAGCUACUUCCAGUGGGCCUCGACAUAUAAAGGACUUCCUUACCACAACGCUUUCACUCCAACAAGUGUCCCUCUUCAACUCCGCAUGCCAAUGUCGAGAAUGAAUGAGUCUAAGAAGGCCGUGUAUGCUGGGCUCUUGGAAGUCAAGCUAAAGGGGAUGCUUGGAUCUGAGGAAAGUUGGCAAAGCAUUGAAGACAUGAAACGCAUCUUCUGGACCAGAGCGACAAAAAUGUCAGAGUAUGUCUCCGAGCACUGGAAGGAAGAUGACUUUUUCGGGUUCCAGUUCCUGAACGGUGUCAACCCCUGCUUGAUCGAACGCUGUUCAGAACUCCCUCCAAAUUUCCCAGUCACCGAUGAAAUGGUGAAGCCGUUCCUGGAGAAAGACAGUACUCUGGAGAAUGAAAUGAAGAAAGGAAAUGUCUUCCUUUAUGACCGGAAGACUUUAAGUGGAAUACCUGCAAAACCAUAUAAUGGGGAAAAACUGACAGUGCCUGCUCCUCUCUGUCUAUUGUACCUGAACCCUGAGAAAAAAAUGAUCCCGAUUGCAAUACAGGUGCAUCAACAACCCUCGGAGGAAAACCCCAUUUUCCUGCCGAGUGACCCGGAGACGGACUGGCUUCUGGCCAAGAUAUUCGUCAAAAACGCUGACAUGAUGACUCACCAGGCAAUCUCCCACCUCAAGAAUACUUACUUCAUCGCUGAGGCCUGGGCUGUUAGCUUUUUUCGCAACUUUUCUGCGAUUCAUCCCAUCUACAAGUUGCUUAUUUUCCACUUCCGCUGGCUUCUACACAUCGGUACUGAGGCCCGUAAAGUUCUCUUGGACACUAAUGGGAUGUUUGCAAUGAGUUUACUCGGACUUGACGGCACUCGAGAGCUGAUGAUACGGACGCAAGCUGAGCUCACGUACGCCUCGCUCUGCAUGCCGGACAACAUUCGCGCUCGAGGACUCGAGUCCAUCCCCAACUUCUACUACAGAGACGACGGCCUUAAAAUAUGGGACAUCAUCCACAGAUUCGUGAAGGGCGUAGUAGAGCACUUCUACCAUUCCGACAGUGAGGUUUUCAAAGACUCUGAGCUUCAAGGAUGGAUUCAAGAGAUAUUGACUCGUUGCUUUUUAGGGGAUAAAUCCUCAGGAUGUCCAGAGACCUUCCAAAAUGUUGACGAAGUGGUCAAGUUCAUCACGAUGGUGAUCUUCACAGUUUCAGCUCAACAUGCUGCCGUCAAUAAUGGACAGUUUGAAUACCAGACGUUCCCCCCCAAUACUUCUGCAAUGUUGCGCAAGCCGUCUCCAACUGCCAAAGGCCAGUCCAGCAUGAAGACCAUUUUGGAGACGCUCCCAAACAUUGACGAGACGGUCAAGGUGGCAUGCUCUCUAUACGUCCUCGCACUGGACUACUCCGAUUCUGUCCGACUUGGUUCGUACCCUGAGGAGAGGUUCCAAGAGCCUGAAGUCAAGCAGAUGAUGGACGACUUUCAAGCGGAGUUGGUCGGCCUUAGUGAAGUCAUCAAAGCCAGAAAUGCAGACCUUGCCGUGGCCUACACAUACCUAGACCCGUAUCAAAUGAAGAGCGGUAUUAUUAUAUAAGAAGGGCCUUUUGGGUUGAAGCUCUUUAAACUUGCAAUGCGGAGUGUUGGUGGAGGAACGAGCAAGACUUAUAAAAAGCUGUUCAAACAUUUAUUCGAUUCUCUUGAUAUCCAGAUUAAGAUCCAUGUACUAGUCCACUUUGUCCUCACUGAUAAGACCGUUCAGCCCACUAGUAGAGCAACUGUGCCUUACUAAUAAAUUUUAUUAUGGGAUGAUAUUUCUGCACACAACGCUGCACUCCCAAUUAUUAUGCAAACAACAUUUUUCUCCAGAUUUUCCUAAAUAGCCAAUGCAAAUGACGAUCAUUUUCAUGGCACCCUAUCGCGUGUAUAAUUCAAAUGCUCAUACUGUUCCAAAUUAUUACAAAGAAUAUAGUUUGACAAGACUUAAUAGUGUGCAAAGAACUGAAAUGGGUAGAGUCUAGGAAGCUACUAGUCUGUUACCCAUCUCAUAAUUUGGCCUACUAGCGUUGUGCAGUUGGUACAGUUGCAAAUUUAUUUUAAUCAACAUUGGUUAAUUACCCAGUGACUUCAUAUUAAAAAGAAAUAGUGAAGACAAUAGUUUAAUAGAUUCACAUUUUAUCCUCGCUAAGUUUGUAGUUCUACUUUUUUGUGUCAUAUAAUUACAGGGAUAAAAAAACGCCUGAAAUCCACAGGGCUCUGACUUAUUCGGGAAAAGACCCUGCAGGUAUCAGUCAGAUUCGCAGAUAAGAUUCUUCAUGGUAUUAGAAAAUUUUAACAUGAUACGAGUAGGCCAGACGUCCCGGUAGAAGUUGUGGUGAUAAUUAUUGGGAACACAAUUAUUAUAGUGUCCCACUGUAUUGAAUUCUCUUAUUAGAGAGGAAAAAGAGCA